GACCUUGAUGGGAUGUCGGCCGACGAUGUGGAGCCACUCGUCGUUGCACCAUGCAUGUCGCGUUCCUCGAUCGUCACGGAAUUUCUCCCACUAGGGGAUUUGGAAAUAAGACCAGGAUUGCCGGCCAAGGAUGAAUGCACGGUACCGUGCGACAUUUCGCAAGCAUCGACAAAGAUGUAUGAAGCAAGCGGAUUGCUUAUCCUGGUCUGCCAAACCCGUCAAGAACCUUGUCCCGGGCAGCCGCGCCAUCCGUUCUGCAAGGGUUUGGGAUAUGAGCAGACAGCAGAAUGCAGACGAACCUAGCUCGGCGAUGCAAUUAUGCCUGCGAUUGAGCUUCGGCAAAGACAGGCCUGGCCUGGCCUGGGCUCAACUUCAGCCCAUGCUCCUCCGUGCUCCGUACGUACAUACAUCAGCUUUGGUUGUGACUCGGCUCCUAGCCUGCAGCCAUGCCUCUGGCAGCAACAACAACAGUUGGCCAAUCUGGAGGGCAGCACGCUGGGGGGUGGUGUUCCUGGCAUGGUGGACCGCCCUGCCCUGCCUGUCAGCACGGGUGCAAGGCAAGACGUGCAGAUAUAGGCAGGGUUGGGUCGGCGAAUCGUGGCGUGUCCUUGGAGAAGCAAUCUUGUGUUGCCCACCGCGUCGAUUGGCUAUUGGCCGGCCACAUCGCAAUGUGGGAUGAUGGAAGAUGGUAAUGGUGAUGAUGGUGAUGAUGGUGAUGAUGGUGAUGAUGGUGAUGAUGGUGAUGAUGGUGAUGAUGGUGAUGAUGG